GGAACCGCCUAGCGGAAGGCCUCCGAUGCAGCAUCCUACAAAUACCUCAAAUGUAGUCAAAGCAGUGGUUCUCGAGACCAAGUAGUCUAGCUUUUGAGAUCAUUCGAACUCUCUGAAAUGAAACUUCACUGAAUCCAUUCUUCUGAAUUUUACAUCUCAUUUCACGACAUGGCUUCUGCUGCAAUCAAAUCGCUUCGUCCUUUUGCGUCAUGCGAUAUUGGUGAUGCUUUAGUCAAACUAAAAUAUCCAUUUGGCGGCUUUCUUGACGGAAUUUCAAUGUGGAGUCCCGAAAGACAGGGACAUUUGAGUGGCAAAGUGUCUGCUGCUACAAUCGGAGAAGCUGUCACUGUAAAGAUCAUGUAUAUUCAACAGCCGAAAGACAUGUAUUCUGCCUGUUUCGGUGGACUCAUGGGACUUCGAUCGAAGACCUUAGGUGCUGCCGGUGUUGUCGUUGAUGGAAGAUUCCGGGACGUACAAGAAAUCCAGGAGCUAGGCCUUCCACUGUACGCUCGAGGAAUCUCGAUUCUGGGGUCUAACACCUUCACGCGAGCGUCGGAGAUCAACAUUCCUCUUCAAUUCAAGGGCGACCUGUGGAUUCAUCCUGGAGACAUUCUAGUCGGCGAUCAUGACGGCGUUGUUGUUGUCCCUCCUUCACUCGUUGAGCAAGUUGUCGCCCUCUGUAGCGAGAGGAAAGAGAUCGACGACAAAACGAUGAAAGCGCUGAGAGAUGGGAUGCCUAUGGGAGAGGCCUUGAAAACGUUCAGAAAGUAGAGUUUAUGAUACAAUUGAGAUUUCCAACCCCCGACCCAGCCUGUUCUCCACUUACCAAACAUCGAGAUAUCAAUCAUCUGCCAUUUUAUGCGCCAUUCGAAACAGGAGGGUCAA